GUCUCCACACAGUCGUGGAGGGAGUACGGCGGCUAAGCUAACUGCAACCAUCGCAACUAGCUACAUGUGGAGGGUAAAACGGGAGGCAUCCCUGACCCUAACUCUGUCAAAAUUUCUCCUUUUUACCCCAAACAUCGGUAAAGUUCAGCCUCAUCGAAAAUAAGGGAUAAUACCUGUUUACAAUGAAAGGUAGCCGGAUCGAGCUGGGGGAUGUUACGCCCCACAACAUUAAGCAGCUGAAACGCCUGAACCAGGUCAUCUUCCCUGUGAGCUACAACGACAAGUUUUACAAAGAUGUACUGGAAGUGGGAGAGCUUGCAAAGCUAGCAUACUUCAAUGACAUUGCAGUGGGUGCUGUGUGCUGCAGAGUGGACCACUCUCAGAACCAGAAGAGACUGUACAUUAUGACACUCGGCUGUCUAGCACCCUACCGUAGACUUGGAAUUGGUACAAAGAUGCUGAAUCAUGUGCUAAACAUCUGUGAGAAGGAUGGCACUUUUGACAACAUUUACCUUCAUGUGCAGAUCAGCAAUGAGUCAGCCAUUGACUUUUACCAGAAGUUUGGCUUUGAGAUCAUCGAAACAAAAAAGAAUUACUACAAGAGGAUAGAGCCCGCAGAUGCCCAUGUGUUGCAGAAGAGCCUGCGCAGCCCAUGUGCACCCCCCACCGGAGAGCUUCAGAAGGCAGAGUAGGAGCACAUCAUGGAAAGAGCACAGAUGUGCCUGCCUCCACAGAAACAGAACUGUGACAAAUGCCCCAGGGUCGACACAUUCAACACUUUCUUCAAAGGACGCUAAAAAGAGAAAACAAAUUUAAAGUACAAAAAUUGCUGCAUUUAUUUUGCAAAGGGGUCCCCUUUGAUUUUUGCAUAUUUUAUUGCUCCCCUUCCCUCAUACAGAUAAUGACAGAAAUGAAAUGACAAAAUGACAAAAAAGCUCAGUAUCCAGAAGUGUUCCUAUUGACAACGUUGCCAACUUCAGACAGUUUUAGACAUGGUGGAGGGGGAGGGUGUGGUGUUUGCAAAUCAUACUGUUUGUGUUUGAGUUGUUUUUAUGCGGUUAUUAAAGCUAAUGGGGACAUAUCUAUACUGUUGAGCAAAAGAAAACAGUUUGUUUGAAGCGGUAAAAGUGUUUGAAAGACCAUCACUGACACACAAAAUCCCAGCUGGUCAGCUGGGAGUGAUGCUUUGAGUUUGGACGUGGAACAGUCACAACUCCACUCCCUCACCACCUGAACCCUGGGAUUCAUGGGAAAUGAGUCUGACCAGUUUGAUGAUAUGUCAUGUCCAGAGGGGAAAAGCAGAUAUGUAUUCCCUCGGUACGGCGCAAGGAAGGCUGAACGGUUUUGAGGUGGUGAGACGACGUGGUCACCACUCAUAAUUUCUGAAUAACUUUAUUUUCCAGCCUGUUAAUUUAAUUCCCCUUCAACUGUUUCUGUUAUUUUUAUUUUUUACAUUGAGAAGGCAAAUGGUUCAGAGGUUCUCCUGGGCUUACUACUAAGAGUGAAAACAUUGAGGAAUGAGAGAAACAAACUAAAUAUCUUCGUAUUGAAUGUGUUUCUUAGAAGGGCACUCCACAACGUCUUGUUAGGGGUGUCCACAUAACAGAUUGGCUGUUUGGGAUUGGAUUUGGGCAUUAUUUUCAGUGGUAUAAUGAAGGUGUGUGAGGAUGUGUGUCUCUAAAUGCAUGGAAGUGUUUUGAGACAUAUUACCUUUAAUACCUUUGGCACCUUAUGUAGCCACCUUGGAGAAAUGGUCUUCUCAAACUUCCUGCCUCAGUCCGAUUCUGUUGUUACAGACAUCUUAAUUAGGUUUUGAGGCUAAACUGAUAGUUUGGAAGUUUUUGGUAUGGUCUCUUAAACAGUGUAUUACCCAGAGGAAGCUCUGACCCCUCUGCAUGCAAGGAGAGUUGUGUCCUCUCCACUGUAGUAUAAGCAUGUUUUUCCUUUCUUUGAAGAAUUUUAUCUUUUCUGGAGCUCUAUAUUGUAAGACUUUUUAACGUCUAAAUAAAGGAAUUACUAUUUGCAGUA